AUGCGUUCCUUUCUCCGGUUAACGCUUUGUUCUGUUGGUGCCCGACUGCCGUGUCUGCGGCGGGGCGGCGGCGUGCAUGAUGACACCGUCCGUUGGUGCCGGAGCACACCGCCGCCCACAGUGGUUUUGCCUGAUAUGCUGGAUAUGGACGAGGAGAUGGCUGUCAGUGUGCAUCGCCCAUACAGCGAAGACGAGGCAUCUCAACAGGCAGCUACGAGACGAUUUUUGCGAGCGCUCAUCACUACUCCUGACGAACAGGAGUGGAAGGAUAUGCUUUCUGCAGCGAUUCGCCUCAACACAUGGCGCGAACACCACAUACGAGCAGUGGUGCGAAGUGUGCAUCAGACACAGUAUGAUGAUGACUGUAACAGUAAGGCGCUCACAGCCGGUGGUCGCUUUAAACACACCGGCAGCACACCGGCCAAGCGCCUUCAGCGUGCAGUUGGCGUCGUGCAAACAGCCGUGGACGAGGGGUAUCAAGCAGCUCCUGAGUCAGUGCACACACUACUUGUUGUCCUUCUACGAGCAGCAUCAACAGUUCCGAGUAUUGCCGCUUCUGCUACUACUGGUGUCACAAUGGAUCAGCAGAAACAAGUGUCCCAGCCACCACUCACCACGCAUGCCGCUGUAUGGCAGUUUCUUGCGUGGAUGGAACGAAACAACUACCACAUUAUGACGGCCGAAGUGUUGCAGGGACUCGAGCGUGUUGUUGACGAUGUUGCACAGGAAGACGCAACCCAGAAGCGAUCGGGGAGUGUUCGACAAAACCGGUUAGAGUACCUGCGACGCGAACGAGACGGAUUGUACUGUGCUGAUCCCUCACAGCUUCUGUGUAGAGAAAAGUGCCGGGGGGCUCCGCCUGUGACAAUGCCGAAUGAUGCUCGCAAGUGA